UCGAAAAUCGUCGUCUCGUAAUUGCAGUUUCAGGGUCGCUGUAAUAGAGUCACUGCGUCUUGUAUAAGUUGUAUUAAUAUCUUUGUACGACUGGCUUACAGAGUACUGCGGCUGAGAGAAUCAGCAUGCUAUUUAUGGGAAUAGUUGAAUAUUUUCCGCACUUGCUAUAUAUUUGAAUUUUGAACUGAGCUGAAAAUGACAGUUGAAGUAAUCGGAAAAACUUGUAGCUACGAGUACGAACCGGGAUCAUUUAUAGGAAGAGGGAGUAACGGAACUGUAUACAAAGCGGCGAUUACGGAGCACGGUAAUUUCGCUGGAAGCAGGGAGGUAGCGGUGAAGGUAUUUCGAAGUUUCGUUUCCCGUGAACAAGCAUACGUGUCGAAAAUGAAAAUAAAUCUAGAACUGGAGCAUCCCCAUCUAGUGAAGUAUCACAAGAUGACGGUGUUUCGGGAGAUUGUGCGCUGCUCCAUCGAAUUGCUCAUGGAUUACUUUCCGGACGGCAACCUGGGCGGAUUACUUCUCCGAAUCCAAAGAGGGGGCCGUCCACUUCACCCGGUAAAAGCUAUCUCGUAUGCAGUGGACAUUGCGGAAGGUCUGCAAUAUUUGCAUGAGCAGCAGAUCAUACACUGCUAUUUAAAACCUGAAAAUAUCCUAGUCGACAGCAAUGAACGUCUUCUGAUUUGCGACUACGACGACUCUGUUCAACUUCGGGGAAACAUUACAGUUGUUGGCGCCAUACGUCACAAGGGGGGAUAUGCUCGCUACAUGUCACCAGAAAUGGUUGCACUUGCAGUGCGCCCUGAAUCUUUAAAACGACCUGUUGGAAGAAAAACGGAUAUCUGGAGUCUGGGCUGCAUUUUUCUGCAGCUCGCACAGUUUACUGUGUCUACGAAGCCCGAUUGGUUAGUUGAAAAAGACGGACGCGUACUGUACACCCUUGGAUCCCCCGAUGCCGAUAUGGAUCCGAUAGACGUCGGAGGACCUCCGUGUCCCCACCCGUGGCAUGCCAGAGCGUUCGGCUCUGAGCUCACGUCGGUCUCGGAUUGGACCGCCGGAUCGGAGCUGCCGAGCCGCUCUUGUGCAGUCGAUCUCCAUUCAUCGGAUUCUCCGAUUCAUUACGACGGAUAUUGCCUCAGUGAAAGAUUUCUAGAUUUCACUUCGGUGUUUUCUGUUUUGUUUUUCGCUGAUGUUUUGCUCACGAUGAUUGAUGUUUUUGUUCCGAUCUAA